GCAAACACAGGGUACUAGCUGGCAAAAGCUGAUAACCAGAAAAGCAGGAUGUCGCGCAGAUUCUUGCUCCAGCUCCUGGGGUUCUGGCUGCUGCUGAGCCGACCCUGCAGAGCGCGGGUCUCUGAGAAAUGGCUGGACGAAGUCAUUAAGGUGUGUGGACGUCAAUACGCCCGUGCGGUGAUCGAAAUCUGCGGGGUGUCCACGGUGAGAAAAGUGGCUUGGAGCCAGCAGAAGCCAGUGGCAGAAAUUGUACCAUACUACCACAACAAAGAUGCAGAACCUUUAGAUACCGUGUUGGGAGUCACUCCAAAUUUGCCCCAGGAGCAGAAGGCAACAGAAGACAUCAGUCCCGCUUCACGGAGAAAGAGAAAUUCUGAUAAGCCACUGAGGGAACAAUGUUGCCACAUUGGUUGUUCCAGAAGAUCUAUUGCUAAAUUCUGCUGAGGUGAAGCUAAUCGUGUACAACUUACCCAGUGUUCAUGUGCCGGCUUGUUAUUUGACUGGUGCCUUUUUCUGUUUCUCUUGAUUAUUAGAGUAUGAGAAAUCAAUAUGAACAUUUGGAUUUGUCGU